AUGCUCCGACGCGCCCCAACCACGAUUACUCUGACUCAGGCCGACAUCGAGCAGUGGGAAGCUGGUCGACAACGCAGACUCCACGAGGCUCAACAGAAGCUCGAAUCUGAGGUGGCCGCAAACCAAACCGCUGCUGACGGAAAGUCUAAAGAGUCUAGACAGAAGUCUACAAAGGACCGCAUUAUGGGUGGAACUGGCCAGGGCCGCUGA